CAGCAGCACCACGCGCGCGCGCCCGUCUGCCCGCCCGCCCAGUCUGCGUCUGCAUCUGGGUGUACAGCUAGUCUUACUGGAAGCUCUGUGGAGCCAAGUUUGCGCACUCAGUGCGCUUCUUCUUUAUUCCACUAUAGGAAAGAAUGGAGCUCAAUUAAAGGAGAAGACUUUAUGCUCUGUGUGCUAAAACUUUAGGGACGUUUUCUGGCUUUAUUGUCUUUGUUAGGACGAGGGAUGGCUUUUUGCGUGUUUAGCCCCUCUAGCUGAGCGCGUGCGUUCCGGAGCAGAAUGGAUCAGAGCGCGGUGGAGAACGCGACGCUGUUUAGCAGCGCGAACCAGAGCCAGAGCGCGUGGAGCGCGCACAGCGUGGAGUACAAGGCGGCCAGCGUGCUGCUGGUGCUGUUCGUGUGCGGUCUGGGCAUCAUCGGGAACGCCAUGGUGAUCCUGGUGGUUCUGACCACCAAGCACAUGCGCACGCCCACCAACUGCUACCUGGUGAGCCUGGCCGUGGCGGACCUGAUGGUGCUGACCGCGGCCGGCCUGCCCAACAUCACCGACAGCCUGUUCGAGCAGUGGGUGUACGGCUACGCCGGCUGCCUGUCUAUCACCUACCUGCAGUACGUGGGCAUCAACGCGUCCUCCUGCUCCAUCACGGCCUUCACCGUGGAGCGGUAUAUCGCCAUCUGCCACCCGAUACGCGCGCAGUCCCUCUGCACGCUCUCGCGCGCCAAGAAGAUCAUCGCGCUCGUCUGGACCUUCACCGGACUCUACUGCGUCAUGUGGUUCUGCCUGGCCGACCUGGAGCAGCAGACGCACGGGAACACCACCGUGGUGAUCUGCGCCUACAAGGUGUCCAGGACGCAGUACCUGCCCAUCUACUUCACGGACUUCGCGCUCUUCUACGUGCUGCCGCUGCUGCUGGCCACCGUCCUGUACGGCCUGAUCGCCCGGAUCCUGAUGCUCAACCCGCUGCCCUCAGACCCCAAAGAGAACUCCAAAGCGUGGAGGAAGAGCACGAGCACGAGCAGCAGCACCCAGCGCGCAGCCAAGAGUUCCUCCUACAGCACCACAGCCACCUCCAGGAGACAGGUGACGAAGAUGCUGGCUGUAGUGGUGAUCCUUUUUGCCCUGCUUUGGAUGCCCUAUCGCACGCUGGUGGUGGUCAACUCCUUCCUGGAGAAGCCCUACCUCGACACCUGGUUUGUGCUCUUCUGUCGAAUCUGCAUCUACCUGAACAGUGCCAUCAAUCCGGUCAUCUACAACGCCAUGUCUCAGAAAUUCCGCGCCGCCUUCCGCAAGCUCUGCCACUGUGGGCCCCAGCACUUAGAGAAGCCACCCGCAUACAGUGUGGCAUUGACUUACAGUGUGAUCAAGGAGACCUCUAAUGGAGAAAGCCCAGAUCACUUCACUACAGAAAUGGAGGAACUACCUGGAGCUAGUGAAGAAUUCCUAGCUGGAAAGAAAAGUCUUUCCUUUAAGGAGUCCUCGCUGUGUAAAAGCAUGAUAGCUAACGCCUAGCUACAGGAGGGUUAAAAGAGAGGGGUAACUUUGCAAGUGCUUAUCGAUAUG